AAGACGGUAACAAAAGCGAAAGCCACACAGAACGAAUUUAUCAGCUCUGAACAAUGCUAGAGAUCUUAUUCUGUCUCAUGCAUUACACAGAUCUGUGUAUAAUGCACUGCAUUUAAGGACUUAUGUUUUACACUUUUAUUUCCGAUGUUGAUCUGAUAUAUAUGAGUCUUCUUCCACUGGAACAGAUCUCGGUUGUUUUCUCAAGGUGAGCGCAAGAAACGAUUGAAGAUGUCCAGCUGCACGCUGAACAUCACCACAGGCAUCCAGAACUUCCAGCUGGUCGCGCUCAUACCAACCUUCAUCCUCGGUGUCCCAGGAAACAUUUACGUCUUGGUGAUGUUCUGCCGACGUCCCAGAACCAAAUGGACCUAUAUGAACAUCUACAUCAGCAACAUGGCGAUCGCCGACUGCGUCGUGCUCGCGCUCCUCCCCGUCCGCAUCGCAUCCUACUUCUGGGUAGAUUUGGUACUCAAUGACCAAAAGUACAAAGAGCUGUGCUUCGUCCUCGUGUCGGCUUAUUACGUCAACAUGUACGUCAGCAUCUUCACGGUCACCGCUAUAAGCGUCGUGCGCUACGUGGCCAUCAAGUAUCCAUUAAAAGCGCGGGAGGCUUUAUGCUGUAGAAACGCGUUGGUGGUUUGUGUGCUCAUUUGGCUGGUCACGUGCUCGUUCAGCGCCGCGUUCCACCGCGUGGACGAACAGAAAGAUAAUGAUAAGUUCAAAGAUAAUGAUGAUAAUGAUACGUUCAAGUGCUUUCAGAAAAACAAAAAAACUGCAUUACCGUUGAGCUUCAUUUUGUCUAUGAACAUCAUUGGGUUCCUUGUGCCGUUUCUUAUCAUGUUGUUCUGCUCCCUUAGAGUUAUUUUCAAACUGAAGAAACAGCUGGGAAUCGGCUCCCGCUGUGAGAAGCUCCAGUGUAUGUAUAUCAUCGCCGCCAAUCUGACUGUUUUCGUCAUUUGUUUUUUUCCCUUCCACUUUGGCUUUCUCCUCAAGCACCUCUUGGAGGUUCAUGGGCACGACUGCGAUGCACAGUUUUUCGCACAUAAUUUCGUUCAUGGCGCGAUGUGCGUGUCCAGCAUGAACUCUGCUCUCGACUGCGUCAGUUAUUAUUUUGCCACCAAAUCAUCAUGGAAACUGUGCUUCUCGAAACAAACCACAAGUGAGGAAUAUGAGUGCAAUUAUAACAGGGUCACGCAAUGAAU